AUGUCUUCUUCGCCGUCUACUGCUAGCCAACCCGCCUUGAAAAAGCAGAAAGUUGAUCCUCCAGUUGGCUUCAAGUACGGCAAGUCCGUGAAAAAUCCACCCACUGCAACAAAGUUGAUCUGGAAUGGCACUACUGGUGAAUAUGUUCAAACAAAAGCCAUCGAAACAGACACGUUCUGUUCUGCUGUUUUUCUCAAUGUGGCAUGCGCCGAACACUGGCAUGCCGAUAACAACCCCUUCAAAUUUCCAGCCUUUAAUGUUGCUUGUUCAUGUAUCGCUAAGAAUGGGACUGUUGCAGUUCUUCAGUGGGCCAGGGCCAAAGACUGGCCAUGGGAUGCAGCAACCUGCACUAUUGCUGCUGCUGCUGGUAAUUGGGAAACACUCAAGUGGGCACGUCAGAAUGGAUGUCCUUGGGAUGCGAUAACAUUUGCUACUGUUGCGGCUGGUGGCCAUCUGGAAACACUCCAGUGGAUGCAUGAGAAUGGCUGCCCUUGGGAUGAGCAAGCAUGUAUGUAUGCUGCAGGAGCAGGUCAUUUGAAAAUACUCAAGUGGUUGCGAGAGAAUGGGUGCCCAUGGAACAACCUGACAGGUCAAAUUGCUGCCCAAAGUGGUCACUUGGAAAUACUCAAAUGGGCACAGGAGAAUGGCUGCCCUUGGGACGCUGACACCUUUGCAGUUGCUGCUGGUAGUGGUUAUCUGGAAAUUCUGAAAUGGAUGUGUGAAAAUGGUUGUCCUUGGGACGAGCGCACAUGCGCGUUAGCUGCUAGCUUUUGCCAGUUUGAAGCCCUCAAUUGGGCACGAGAGAAUGGGUGCCCCUGGAAUAAACAAACGUGUGAAAAUGCUGCUAAAAAUGGUCAUUUGGAUAUGCUGAAGUGGGCCCGGCAGAAUGGAUGUCCAUGGGAUGGGGACACAUGUGCAAUUGCUGCUAAAAAUGGACAGUUGGAAAUACUGAAGUGGGCUCGUGCAAAUGGUUGCCCAUGGAAUGCCAUGACAUGUGCAGAUGCUGCUCGAAAUGGACACUUGGUAAUGCUGAAGUGGGCGCGGGAGAAUGGCUGUCCAUGGGAUGAAUUUACAUGCACUGGUGCUGCGAGAGGAGGUCACCUGGUAAUGCUGAAGUGGGCACGGGAGAAUGGUUGUCCAUGGCAUGAGUGGGCAUGCUCAGGUGCGGCAAGCGGUGGGCACCUGGACGUGUUGAAAUGGGUGCGAGAGAAUGGCUGUCUAUGGGAUGAAAUGACAUGCUAUGCAGCUGCUGAAGGGGGUCAUUUUGAAAUUCUGAAAUGGGCUCGCCAGAAUGGAUGCCCAUGGGAUGAAAUGACAUGCAAUGCAGCUGCUGCCUUUGGUCAUUUUGACAUACUGAAAUGGGCUCAUGAGAGAGGAUGUGGGUUUGAUCAAGACACAUGCUCUGCUGCUGCCAGAGGGGGGCAUUUGGUCAUACUGAUGUGGCUCCGUUCAAAUCAUUGCCCUUGGGAUUCUGAUACAAUUGAGGGAGCUGAAGCCUGUGGUCAUACUGCAGUGGCACAGUGGGCACGCCAAAAUGGAUGCCCGAUAGAGGAGGAAGAAGGAAACAGGUUCAACGCUGAUGUUCCAUAA